AUGACUGAGGAAUCCCGGAAUAAAGAGGAGCGAAUUCCAAUUCCUCAGGCAAAGUCAAACGAUCGCAAUGAACUCAAAAAGUUUUGUCAAGCUCUUGAAACUACACCAGAUUCUCCAGAUUUGUUAUCAACAGCUUUGGAAUUAUUAGACGGAUUUUCUCCUGAUGAUGUUAAUAAAUGCCAAGCUCCAAUAACUAAUUCUGCUUUCUCUGGAACCAUAACUCUUGUCAACAAGUCAAAACCUUCAAUAGUUCAUUCUACAGCGCUCGAAGUGAUUGAAUUGUUAAGAAUUCCAUGCUCAGACAGCAUAAUUCUAUCUCAGUUAUUCGAGAAUCUUGGCAGAGAUCUUGAAUAUCUCGACAUUAAAACACAGGGAUACAUAAUUAACAUUUUGAAAAACACAAUUGACUCGACCAGCCAAGAUAAUCUCGCCAAAACACAAAAAAUAUUCAACCUAACAUGCCAGAUCGGUCAAAUCCUAUUCAAACAGUUCCAAAAACCUCUACACGAGCUUCCAGAUUUUAUAUUCACACAUAGCAUAUCAAUCUUGCAAAUUAUUACGCGAUCGCUCUUGUGGAAGGGCACGGAACAGAUAUCAAUUCCUACGUUGAUGAUUACAGAAAUUUCAAAAAUCUUAACCAUGCAGCUAAACCAACCAAAUAUUUGUGCUCAGCAAUUGUUUAUUACUCUGAAGCACAAAGCAAUAAACAUUAUGUCGCUCAGGCCAAAGAUGUUUAAUAUUCCCGAAAAUACAGUUGCAAACCUCUUAAUUACUUUACUAAAUGAGGUUUCACAAAGCUCCUUUACACAGUUUUUCGAAAUAUUUAAUGAUAUCCCUGCUUUAUUCACAAAAUAUCCGCCGGAUGCGUUAACAAUACAGAAUCUUCGCCGUCUUAUCCCAUUGAUCACUAAAAGGUCUGGGAUUUACCUUGAAGAGUCCAAUUACUACGCAAAAUUCAUGAAUCAAAUUAUAAAAAUGGAUUCGGACGCUACGCUUGAGAACUCUUACAUUUCUUACGCUAUAUCAUUACUACAUUCAACGGAAUUCAAAAUACAAGAGCGCCUCAAACUUUUCCAGACAUUAACAACAAAAUUAAAACCUGUAACGACAACUACCGAACAAUUCACACAUUUGAUACGACAGAUACUCUUCGACUUCAUUGACGAAUUUUACGACACUGUAGAUCAGCUAGAAAAAACAGAAUUUGAAAAUUUCGAUUUACAAUACAGUUCCGACGUACAAGCCAUUGGAGAAUCAUUCCUAUCAUACAUAGAUAUCAUAAAGAUAUUCUUUAAACUACCAGAUUCUUCAAAUCCGAUAUAUGAAUAUCAAUAUCAAGGAAGAAUCCAAGAAGUCAGUGAUUUCACGCAAACAAUAUCCAAAUGUAUCGAGUUCAUACACAAAUACGAGAAAUGCUACAAGAAAGUCCUUCAAUUUGCGCAAACUCCGAUUCAUUCUCCAGAAAAAGACCGAAAACUUACACAAGCUCUCUGGACAGCAGCUGUACAAGCAAACAAAGACUGCGAGAAGGUCCAAAGAGCUUACAAUUCCAUGGUUCAAUUAUUAUUCACCAAAAUCUUCGAAGUCGUUCAAAAAGGCAUGUUGAGAUCGAUCUGGGAUUUAUAUUUCAAGACGAUUUUCUCAAAAACUCCCAUAAUUGACUUCGAUCAAAAUAUUGCAAAAUUAUAUCUUCUCAGUCCUGAUCUUUUUGCUGUUCUUUUGACUUCCUUCUGCACGUCGAUCAAUGUUAUACGUUCAGGAAAGAACUUGAUUGAGAUAUUAAAGUAUAUCCAAAAUUUCCUUGACACAUUAACAAAUAUCUCCAAACCAACGCAAAGACCAAUUAUUACAAAGCUCAUACCGAAGUUCCUGAGCCUUAUCAAGAACUACACGUUCACUUAUUCCACUUACAAGUAUUCAAUAAAAGUAAUAGAGAGUUUAUUCAAAUUUAUGACGACAUUAGGCAUAGAAAACAAGUUUGUAAAAGAGCAGAAGAUUGUUACCGGUAUACUAAACCCAAUCCUUGCGUUUGGAUCCAUUUCUAUCUCUAUUUUGGAUUUCAUUUCGUAUUGCGGAAAUUCAAACCCUAUUUUUUACUCUUUUCCUGUUGUAACCGAUGUUGUUAUACUUGCUACAAGCACGAACAUCGAGAAAAGCGUUGAAUUACUGGGCGAAAUCCACAAAAACCAGCCAAAACAGCUCCAAAGAUCCGAAAUUGUCUCUAAUUUACUGAAUAUUUUGGUCAAUCAGCUGGAAAACAUGCAUGGAAGGACCAAAAAUAUCUCUUUAAAGAUAAUUAGAGACAUUUACCCAUUGGCUGAAUUAAAUGAAGAAUUUAAAUUCCCAGAUUCUUCAUCUAUCAUUGAAAUAUCGAACCAAACUAAGAAGAUUCCAAUUGACUACUCAACACUGCUUAAAUCUUCUCUAAAAUCUCUGUUGGAAGACGCAAACAACAAAGUUGCUCAAAAUUUAAUUUUGAAUUUGGUCAAAACUAACUUCCAAAGCGACCAUUUCACCCAGAACUAUAGAGAGCAGCUCGCAGGAUUGUGCAUACACCCGUUUACAACACUCAAAGACAGAAUUGACGUAUUUGAGAAUAUAUUAUUACAAAUUUUAGAAGAAUUCCCUGAUAAUCCUAUAGUACAAGCACAUGUAUUGAUCAGUUCGUACCAAUCAAAGCCAUUUGACUCAAUACACAAAAGAAUUUCUCUCAAAAUUAAUUCAAAAGAGAAAUUUGUCACUUUUUCAAAUGAAAUUAUAUAUAUUAUUGAUUUAAAGUACUACAACAUUUCGAUUGUUAUCAAGCAAGUACUUAAAUUCAUCAGGCACAUGAUAAAUGAAGAAAACAUUGAUGUUUUGAGUUACGCAAACAUUAUUGCGACAAUUGCUCCCGAAAUGACGAAAGAUGAACCGAAUUUGUCAAAGAAACAGACAAAUCUACAAGAAUUAAAUGUAUUCAGAUCAUGGUUCUGUAAGUCCAUCAUUCAUUGCCAUAAUUUAUAUCUCAAAAAUCCGAAAAAUUUGACAGAAAUUUUGAAUUCUAUCAAAAAUUCAUCGGAAUACAUCGUGAUUUGGAUCUACGGAGAAGUCAUUUACAACUCAGAGAUAACACCGGAUAUUUUACAGUUUUAUAAUGAAUGUUUAGAAAAUAUGAAAAAUGAUAUUUCUCAGGUGAAAUUUUCGAGAAGAUUGGGAAUAAUUUUGAGAUGUUUUCCAAAUUUGAUUUCACAAAAUUUGUCACUUUUCAAAGAAUUUUGUGAAAAAAUCAACAAAUUAAAUUUGGUGGAAUGUGCAUUGAACAUAUUACCACCAUUGAUAGACAACAAGAUCUAUAAUAUGUCCAUAAAUUUGGUGGCAAUCCUCAAAUCAAUUGAUGCAAGAGCCCCAAUUUUUGUCAGAAUUCCUGCAAUUCAAAUUGUCAAAAAUUUGUAUCAGAAUUGUCAACAGUACACAAGUUUAAUUGACAAUUAUAUUAACCAGACAUGGGAUGCAUUGAUGCAGAAACCUGAAAUAAUAGUUAAAUUGCCUGUAAUCAAUACUUCAAACCUUCACCAAUUAUCUGAAUUGUUUUCUGAAAUAAUUCCUGAAAAAAUCACUUCACUUUUCGUUCAAAUUUUCGGUAAUUGUUUGGCCAAUGCCAAAACAAUCAGGAAUGAUCAGAAUAACAUGACAGAUGUCAUUAGUGCUGUUUCUAAUGUUCUUAAAACGUUUACGAGUUCAUUUUUUGUUUUUAAUUAUCUUAAAAACAAAAACCAAUUGAUACAAGCGAUUUAUUCCAUUGUUAACUUGUUUGAAGGAAUAAGUUUGAUGACGAACAUGACAAACAAUAGAUGUGUUGCUACUUUUAUCAAUAGAGAUCCUGUUUAUUUCUUCAAAAUGUUUUUACAAGAAAAAGAAGUUCACUUCACUUCACUUUUGAAUUUAAUUAUUUCAGAAAAGAGAAUGAGGAAGUUUAGAGAACUUGUUGUUGAAAAUGCUGACCAUGUUUUGGCUGGAUCAAAUAAUCCAGAAAUUAUUUCAAUUGUUUGUCAAAGUUUGGCAGAAAAAAGUGACAAAAAUGUUGACAAAACUUUAUUGCAAAGAAUCCAAAGUGAAAUAGAGAAAUUCUCAACCAAUUUCCAAACAUUUAAUGAUUUAACUUUUAAGUGUAUUUUGAAACAUUUCAGUUUAUCCAAUUUAUCUUUGUUUUUAGAAAUUUCUCAACAAGUUUUUCAACUCAAAAACAGUUAUUUAGUUAAUUUAGUCACCAGAGAAUUUAUUUAUAUUUUGAACAGACAAAACUUCGAUUUCGAAUCAUUUUAUAACUUCGAAGUCAAUGAUGAAAUAAUCAGACAUUUCAUUUUGUUGUUUUCUUUCAAUUUCGUCAAAAAAUAUCCACAAAAACUCACUGAAUAUUUGGAUAAAAUUACAGAUAAUAUGGGUAUUUACGGACAAGCAAGAUUCAUGGUACUUCUUUUCGAUAAAAAAGUUCAAAUUCCUGAUUUACAAAAUCGAAUUUUGUCACUUUUUGAAUCAAGUAAAAGUGACAAUGAAAAAAUAUCUGUUUUAAGUUUAUGGAGUCGUUCGCCGCCAUUAGAGAAAUUCUGUGAAAUCUUUAAAGUUUAUAUGACUUAUUUGAUGUCAUUGACAACAACGGAAUUAAAUGAAAUAUUCAAGAACUUGAAGAUUCCUUUAGAAGCUGAUUAUAAAUCUAUAAUAAAUAGUUUGCAAAAUACUGCAGAUCAAACAAGAGGAAAUUACAAAUUGACAUGGUUUUAUUUGCAGAUUAUUUCGAAUAACAUGGAAUUCUUUGGUUCUCACAUGGAUGAUUUAUAUAAAUAUUUGUUAGAAACAGCUUUGGUUUUCACAUCAAUUAAAUCAUACCAAAGAUUGAAUCAUUACAUAAGAUAUUGUCCGUAUUUGUCAUCUAUUUUGAUUGAAAACUCAAAUUUGCCUGUAGAAAAAAGAGGAAUUUUGACAAGAUAUACAUUACAUAUUCUUAAAUUUGCUUUUGAUUUAGUGUCAUCGAACCAAGACUACUUUAGAUUGCUUGGUCCUGAAGUUUUCCCAUCAAUUGAGAAACUGUGCAAAUCAUUUGAUUUACCACAAUAUUUCCCUGACACAAUUUUUGACAAUUUAAAGAAUAUGUAUUCUAAAAUACAAACAUAUAAUCCUAACCAAAUGCAGACAUUAAAUCAGAUGCAGCAGCAACAGAGAACUCAGGAAUUAAUGAUAUUCGAUACUUAUUUGGCAACUUUGAAAAAUGUUUUGUCUUCUUACGCGACAAAUCCAAAUUUCAAGUUGAAUGAGAACGUCGUUCCUUUCUUAGUCGAACUUUCUAAUCAUAGUUCUGCAAGGAUUUGGAUGAACGCUUGUUACGCUUUACAAAAUAUCUCAAUUUUACCUAUCGUCACGGAAAAAUUAGUGGAAAUUUGGCCAACAUUAAAAGAUCGCCAAAAUGAGAGAAUAUUUAAUAUUAUCUGGCCUACGAAGCAAAGUAGAUCUAUAAGGUAUUCAUCGCUAAUGAAACAGUUCAUGGAAAUUCUUGAAAAUACUGAAUGGUUUACAUUUCCGUCACUUUUUGCAAAUGUUUCAACAAUGAUGUUUUCAAUGUUGACGAAAACUACUGAGCAAACAAUUACUAAUCUAGUGAAUUUAGUUGAUAAGACAAUUAAGGAUCUUUCAUCGCAAAAGAAUAGAUGUAUUUGCUUCUUGAUUGUUUCUUAUUUAUUAACUUUGCCGACCAAAUAUUCAUCAUAUGUUUAUCAUUUGUUUAAUGAUGAAAAAUUCAUUUCUGAAUAUUUCAACAGUUUGCCAAAGUGUUUAAUCGACCAAAUAAUGAAUGAUAAGCUCAAACAAAACUUGAUUAAUCAUUUAGAUAAUUUGCAAUCAUCUGAUCUCCAGAAAACAUUAAUUUCUUACCAAAUUGAAAAUCAAUCUUCUCCUUUGAUUUUAUCUGCAAAAAUUUUACAAAAUAUUUUGACAACAAAAAGUGACAAUUAUACGUUACUUGACAGUUAUCGUGUUUGCAGAUUCUUCUCUAAAUCAGAUUUAGGAUUAAUACUCAAACAUUCCCUAAAUGAUUACGAUAAAACAGAACUGAUAUGUGAUAUGAAACGAGGAAUUUCCAUUUGCCAAGGAAUUUUAGGAGAUUGGACUGAAUAUGAUUUUACUAAGACUUCUGAUUAUUUAGAUCAAAAUAAAUUGAUCAUAGAAGAACCACUGAUUAAUUUAAGACACUUUUAUUAUGAUAGAAGUCUUUCUUCUAUUCCUAAUUAUCCAAAAAUAGCAAGUGAAGUGUGCAGCGGUUUGUUGAAGUCACAAGAUUUACAUGUAUUCAAAAUUUGUAUGGAAUAUUUGUAUGGUGAUGGAUUAUCACUACAAAGUGUUGAGAAAUCAACAAAAGGAUUGUCAAAGAAAGUUUCUGAGUUCGUGACAAAUGAAUCUUUACCAGAAUAUUUAGUUUUCAGAGAAUUACGGCGGUUAUGUAAAUCGUCGAAUAAAUUAUCGAACUUUGAUUUCUGGUACAAAUUCCCAACAGGCUCCAAUUUGAUCUUGCAGCAGAAAUACAAGGAAAUGAGAGAGAAUUUGAUUCAAAUGGCAAAUAAUAAUGCUCAGGUCACAAAUUUAUAUAAAAGUGACAUAAUUUUGAGAAGAAGAUUAAAUAAAACGUUAUUAAGUCAUUUGUCAAGUGAAAUGAAACAAGUUAGAUAUUCAGAACUCUCUGCAUCAUCAAUGAUUUAUUACAUUUUAUCGUCAAAUGACAAAAAUGACGAAAUCAUCAAAAAUUGUCAAAAAUUAAUUGAAAAAUGUCUUGUAAAUAACGCGAAAAGUGAUGCAGCAUUUCUAGCUUUCUAUUCAUUGAUAGAGAAACUAACAGAUGUUGAAAUCAAGGAUGUUCUGACAACUGCUCAAAUUCCAUUUAUUUGGUCUCAAAUUCUCUUUGAAAAAGUGUCAAAAUUGACUUCACCUGAACAAUAUUUACAGUAUUUCCAUAACGGAUUUAGAUUCCUCUUCCCUGUUAAUGGAAUCAAUAUCCAAGAAGAAAAUUCUAUGAACACAAAAAUUAUGUUGGAAAAUGUGAUAAAAGUUUUGAUAGAAAAAGUGACAUUUUCUGAAUCCGACCAAUUAAUUUUAAGAUAUAAUUUACAAAAUACAUUUUGUCCAAUGUAUGAAUUUUCUGACGGAACGGUUAACCGAUUAUUUCUAUCGUUCGAAAACCAGAAAAUCAAAUUAACUCUUCUUUUGAACAACGGAAAGAAAAUCAAUUUCAUUGUUUCAAAAGAAAAAAUUUCUGAUGCCAAAAACGUCACUUUUUCGAGAUUGAUUUCUAAAGUUUUCUGCCAAAGUCCAGGAUCAUUUUCGAGAAAACAAAAUAUCGCUGCUUUUGACACUUAUCAGAUUUCUGACGGUUUUUAUUUGACAAAAACGAACUGUGACACUUUUCAUGAUUUGUCACUUUUGCCAAAUGAAAAAUGCGGAUUUAAUGGGAAGAAGGAAUAUUUCGAAUGGUUCACAUUAUUUGGAUAUAGAUUUUCUGCAUUGAUUUCUCUUCAUUUUGCAAGAGACAGCAAAUUUAAUUCGGAGAAAUCAAUGAUUGACAUGAAACAUUGUUCGAUUGUUUCUCCUUCUUUUUGCGAAAAACAUAAAUUUGUUUUCGAACUGAAAGGAAUCUACAGAACAAUUAUGACAAGUCAGGGAUUGAACGGUCCAUUCAGAGCUGGAUUUAUUUCAGCAAUUGACGCAGUUAUGUAUAAGAUGGCGAAGUUUAUGGCCACAGGAAUUUCAUUUUUCGGAGAUGACGACGACAAGUCACAAGAAAUCGAAGAAAGAGUCAAAUCUGUUUCUCUAAGAAACGCAACAAAUACAGAAGAAGUUACACAGAUACAAGAGCGAGUUAACAAACUAAUACAAUCUGUGAAAAUUAUAUAA